AUGUAUAACGGUAUUGGCUUGAGCACUCCUCGUGGUUCUGGUACCAACGGUUACGUUAUUCGCAACUUGUCUUUUGUCAAACCACCUCCAUCCGACAGAGAAAGAAACACCAAUGACUUCAAGUCAAACCCUAAAGUAAAGAAGGCCAACAUGGCCAUUUUGGAUCAUGAUCGCAAGCGAAAAGUGGAAGUGAAAUGCAUGGAGCUCACAAUCAAGUUGGAAGACGAAGGCAUGGAUGAAGCAGCAAUUGAGGAGAAAGUGCAAGAACUGAGAGAUCAACUCAUGGCAGACAUUGAAAAGCAAGAUCAAAAUGAUAGCAAAAAUUUCAAAGAGUACGAGACGCAUCAGUUGGCUGCUGCUAAAGAAAAAGCCAACGAAAAGAUGAAGAGAGCACUCAAUAUCAAGAAAGAGUACGUUGAAGGCGCUGCUUUUGAUCGCGACUUGCAAGCUCAAAUCAAAGAAGAAAAGAAGGCACGAAGAGAAGCAGAACUGGAAGCCAAGUUUGCUCGUCAAGAAAAGUUGGAGAAACAGAAGCGACAACGACGAAAAGAAGAAGAACAGCGCCAAAAGGAGGCAGCUAAGCGUAAAUCAGAGAAGGCGAAAUCAAGUGCAUCGACAGACGAUAAGGAAACCAUGGAUAUUGAUGAUAAAAAGACAUCCAAGAGAGCCAGAGAUGUGAGUCAUUCUCCACCUCCUCGCAAAUCUCGCAAACGCAGCCCUAGUUACAGUCGCAGUCGUAGCAGAAGCACAAGCAGCAGAAGCAGCAGCAGAAGCAGUGUCAGCCGAUCGAGUUAUAGUGAUAGUAGUCGUAGUCGUAGUCGUAGUCGCAGCCAAAGUUCUAGCUACAGCCGUAGUCCUAGUCCUCGUCGCAGAUCUCGCAGUAGAAGUUACAGCCGUUCAGUCAGCCGUAGUAGAUCACCCAUUCGCCGUCGUCGUCAGAGUAGUGUCAGUCGUAAUAGAUCGCCUGUGCGUCGUAGAGGUGGUCGUAGCUUCAGCCGUUCUUCUCGAUCUAGCAUGAGUCGUAGUAGAUCACCUAUCCGACGUAGAGGACGUAGCUAUAGCCGUAGCUACAGUCGUAGUAGAUCACCUCCAUCUCGUGGCCGUCGCGAUAGCAGAGAUUUUUCAAGCCAGAGUCGUAGCCGUAGCCGCAGCCGUAGCCGUAGCUAUAGUGAUUAA